GUGAGCCAUAGCAGUUGCACUGAAGUUCCUAACACAAGGAGAUUACAUAGACAGUUGCUUUAGUGCUGAAUAUGGACCAUAUAUGUUCUAGGAUAGGCAGAUUCAUUGAAGCGUUGGCCGAAGAUGUAGAGAACCAGUGAACUGGAAAUGGUGAAAAAAUCCUAGUGAAGCUGGAGGAGAGUAUCUUGUUGAAUUAAGAGGCUUUUCAUUUAAGGAUGGACACAGCAGAAGCAGCUUUUCAGCAGUGUGGGUGGUUCUGUACUGUGUGUUCACAGGCUGCAGCAACAUGCUGUCAGGUGAAAUGUCAACAAAAGUGCCAGGCAUUAAACUGAAAAUUGAUCCUCGGGAUCUGCAGAUCCAGACGUUUACAGUGGAGAAAUUAUUGGAGCCACUGAUAAUUCAGGUUACAACUCUAGUGAACUGUCCACAGAAUCCUUCUAGUAAGAAAAAGGGCCGUUCCAAAAGAGCUUGUGUCUUGUUAGCUUCUGUGGAAGAAGCCACUGGGAAUCUGUUGGACAAGGGAGAAAAAAUUGCCAAGGAAGCUGUUGUGUUUAAAGAGCAACUUCAUGCAGCACUUGCUGAUGUCAAGAAAGAGGGUCAAGCCUUAAAGGUGUCAGCAGAGGCAUUUACCAGUGAUCCCUGUUAUCUGCCUAAGAGGGAGGCUGUUGUCCAAGCAGCACGAGCUCUGCUUACAGCUGUCACAAGGCUUCUAAUUCUGGCAGACAUGGUUGAUGUGGCAUACUUACUGGAGCAUUUAACUGUGGUUCAAAGAACAUUUGAAUCUUUAAGAAAUGUAUCCAGUAAAUCUGAUCUACAGAAAACCUACCAGAAGUUUCAAAAAGAUCUGGAAAAUCUUGAUUAUUUGGCACAUAAACGUCAGCAGGAUUUGAAAUCUAGCAAUCAGCGAGAUGAAAUUGCUGCAGCACGUGCAUCCCUGAAGGAAAAUUCAUCUCUCCUACAUUCAAUAUGUUCAGCUUGUUUGGAACAUUCAGAUGUUGCAUCCCUUACAGCCAGCAAGGAUUCAAUUUGCAAUGAAAUACAGAAUGCUCUCAAUGUAAUUUCUGAUGCUUCCCAAGGAGUUGGAAAUAAAAUGGGACAACCUUCAUCUCAAACAGCUACUCUUGGAAGUGCACUUGAUGAGCUUGAGAACUUGAUUAUCCUGGAUCCUCUUGUGGUGAAUGAAGAGAAAAUCAGGCCAUCACUAGAGAAACGCCUGGAAGCCAUUAUCAGUGGAGCUGCUCUGCUUGCUGAUUCUUCCUGCACGCGCGAUCUUCAUCGCGAGCGCAUCAUUGCUGAGUGCAAUGCCAUCCGCCAGGCUCUCCAGGACCUGCUUUCUGAGUACAUUAACAAUGAUGAAGUUGUUACUCUAACUUGUUUCCAGGUGACUGACAAGAAGGAGAGAAGUGAUGCCUUGAAUGCUGCAAUAGACAGCAUGUGCAAGAAGACAAGAGACCUCCGCAGGCAGCUCCGCAAAGCCAUUAUAGAUCACAUCUCAGACUCCUUCUUAGAUACCACUGUUCCACUUUUAGUUCUCAUUGAAGCUGCUAAAAAUGGAAGAGAGAAAGAAAUAAAGGAAUAUGCUGCUAUAUUUCGAGAACACACCAGCAGGCUUGUGGAGGUUGCUAAUCUUGCUUGUUCCUUGUCAACAAAUGAAGAUGGAAUGAAAAUUGUCCAAAUGGCUGCUAAUCACAUAGAGACUUUGUGCCCGCAGGUUAUUAAUGCUGCUUUAGCUCUUGCUGCCAGACCAAAAAGUCAAGUUGUGAAAAACAACAUGGAGAUGUAUAGGAAUACAUGGGAGAAUCAUAUCCAUGUUCUUACUGAAGCUGUGGAUGAUAUAACAAGUAUUGAUGAUUUUCUUGCUGUGUCAGAAAGCCAUAUUCUUGAGGAUGUGAACAAGUGUAUCAUUGCACUGAGGGAGCAAAACGCAGACAGUUUAGAUCGAGCAGCAGGUGCGAUCCGAGGGCGCGCUUCAAGAGUGGCUCAUAUCGUUUCGGGUGAGAUGGACAAUUAUGAACCAGGGGCUUACACUGAAGGUGUGAUGACAAAUGUUCACUAUUUGACCAAGAAUGUGAUUCCAGAGUUUAUUAGUCAAGUAAAUAUUGCAUUGGAGAGCUUGAGCAAGAACACAGUGUAUCUCUUUGAUGAUAACCAGUUUGUGGACGUUUCUAAGAAGGUGUAUGAUACAAUUCAUAACAUCAGAUGUGCAGUCAUGAUGAUUCGGACACCUGAGGAGCUAGAAGAUGUGUCUGACCUUGAAGAAGACCAUGAUGCACGGAGUCGUACAAGUAUUCAGACUGAAGGGAAAACUGACAGGGCCAAGAUGACUCAGCUGCCAGAGGCUGAAAAGGAAAAGAUAGCUGAGCAAGUGGCUGACUUCAAAAAAGUCAAGAGUAAGCUUGAUGCAGAGAUUGAAAUAUGGGACGAUACCAGCAAUGACAUCAUUGUUUUGGCCAAGAGGAUGUGUGUGAUCAUGAUGGAGAUGACUGACUUCACAAGGGGUAGAGGACCACUGAAGAACACGUCUGAUGUCAUUAAUGCAGCAAAAAUGAUUUCAGAAUCAGGAUCAAGGAUGGAUGUCCUAGCACGGCUGAUUGCUGACCAGUGUCCAGACCAAUCAUGCAGACAGGAUUUGCUGGCUUACCUAGAACAGAUCAAGCUGUACUCCCAUCAGCUCAAAAUCUGCAGUCAAGUUAAAGCAGAAAUCCAGAACCUAGGUGGAGAGCUCAUCAUGUCUGCUCUGGAUAGCGUCACCUCCCUAAUUCAGGCUGCCAAAAACUUAAUGAAUGCCGUGGUGCAGACAGUGAAGAUGUCCUACAUCGCAUCCACAAAGAUUAUCAAGAUUCAGAGUCCCACUGGCCCACGACAUCCUGUUGUGAUGUGGAGAAUGAAGGCUCCAGAGAAGAAGCCCCUAAUUAAAAGAGAGAAGCCAGAAGAAAUCUAUGCAGCUGUCAGAAAAGGGUCUGCAAAGAAGAGAAUCCAUCCUGUUCAAGUCAUGAGUGAAUUUAAAGGCAGAGAAGUCAUCUAAUAUUCUGCCGUUUCUUGUAUUCCUAUCUUGAAUUUCUAGUUAUUUUUGUCUUCUAUCCCACUUGUAAUUUAACAAGUAUAUGCUUGCUUUGCUUUUCUCUAAAUCUGUAAGAUUAACACUGUUUUUUUUUUAAAUGCCAUUGGCUUAAUUAGCAGCACAAUUGAAAAAACCAAACACAAAAAACAACUAAUGUUCUCUUGCAGUGAAAAUAUAUCACAUCUUUCUACUAGAACCUUCUCAGCAGAGCACUCUGAACUGAUACAUCACAGGACUGAGCUGCAGUUGGAGAGGAGGAUGCAGUUUGCCAGCCUGCCCCAAGUGGUACUGCUGUCUCUAGGCUUAUGCCUUCCUGCAAAGGGGAUUUAUGUGGCCAGGACUGAACUGUGUUUUAUGACAUGCAGCUUUUUAAGCUUUGUGUUUAUUGGGUCAGAUCCAUUACCAGCCUUACACCCUGAUGAAAUCAGCAGGAGUGCUUGAUGGUGGCCAACAGCCUGAGCCCCUAACUUGCACCUAGAGUGUAAAAUCUGAAGAGCACAGCUUUGGAAAUGCAAGUUUCUAUGUGUUUGAUCAAGCACAAAAUGUUUUAACAACAUGGACUUAAUGUAAUAACAAGCAUUAGCUGCAACACAGCAGUAGUAAUAGGUCUUUAAAAGCCUUUUUAAACUAA